AUGUCAGGACGAUACGAACGAAUUAAUGCCCAAGACGAGGAAGACUUUGGCGCUCGUAAUAACAACAACAACAAUCACCUCUCUCAGCCGACCCCCCACUCGCCACCUCCUUCGUUUCACUCCCGAUCUUCUUCUCCCCAACCAACGCGCCAGGUCGACUCUACCCUCGCCGAUGCCUUUGACGAUGAUGACGAAAGCGACGAUGAAGUUGAUGAUAGAAGGCGCUUGAUGCGACAGAACUCGACGCCAUCUAUGGAAAAUGUUACGACACAUGCCCCCGUUCAACCGGCUGUUCCGGUACCAGCGCCCUCUGGAUCAAGGUCAACAAGAGUCGUUGGAGGAGGCUCUGGUUCCGAUGGUGUUUUUGCCAAUCUAUCAGCGCGCCCCGAGCGAGGAGGAAACACCGACCCCGAAAAGGACGAACUACCACCGUCCUACGAACAAGCCGCGGCUGACGCUGCUCCUCCAUACUGGGAGACGACUAUUCUCGCUCCUGGCAUGGGCGGGCCUGACGAGGUUUACAUCGACGGCAUGCCUGUCGGCUCAUUCUUCUCAUUCGUCUGGAACGGCAUGAUCUCAACAUCAUUCCAGCUCGUCGGUUUCCUCCUCACAUAUCUCCUCCACUCCUCCCACGCCGCCAAGAACGGUUCUCGCGCUGGUCUCGGCAUCACCCUGAUCCAGUACGGUUUCUACAUGAAAGGCGUUGCCGAAGACGACCCCCCAGCCAUGAGCGGCCCCGAUGGCUACGCCGCACCCCCCGACCCGAACUCGCACAACUUCAAGCAGGGCGAUGUCACAGACGACGAUCUAGGUAGCAUCAGCGGAGGCGAGUGGCUAGGAUAUGUGCUUAUGGUUGUCGGUUGGUUCCUUCUUAUCAAGAGCGUCGCCGAGUUUCUACGAGCACGUCGCCACGAGCAGCUCGUCCUGCAGAGCCCUGACCGUGGCCUGGGCGUCCCGAUCAUUGCCGAGGGCGAGUCCAACGAACGAGUGGUCUAG